AAUGUUUUGGUGCGGCACUCAGAACGCGGAAGUGAAGCGCCGCUCCUGUGUUUAUGUUUUCGUCCUCUCACAGAUCGAGUUUAAAAGUGAAGUUUUAGAGCAACAUGGCGGUGAGUGCCGUUCACCUGGAGUCCGACGCCUUCCUGGUGUGUAUGAAUCACGCUCUGAGCACAGAGAAAGAAGAGGUGAUGGGUUUGUGUAUCGGAGAGGUGGAGGUGACCCGCAUCGUCCACAUCUACUCGGUCAUCAUCCUCCGCCGCUCGGACAAGAGGAAGGACCGGGUGGAGAUCUCCCCCGAGCAGCUGUCGGCGGCUUCAACGGAGGCGGAGCGGCUGGCAGACAUCACCGGCAGACCGAUGCGGGUGGUGGGCUGGUACCACUCCCAUCCGCACAUCACCGUGUGGCCGUCCCACGUCGACGUCAGGACCCAGGCCAUGUACCAGAUGCUGGACCAGUGCUUCGUGGGCCUUAUCUUCUCCUGCUUCAUCGAGGAUAAAAACACCAAAACUGGUCGCGUGCUCUACACCUGCUUCCAGUCCGUGCAGGCGCAGAAAGGCUCCGAGUACGAGCGCGUGGAGAUCCCGAUCCACGUCGUGCCUCGUGAAGCCAUCGGUAAAGUGUGCCUGGAGUCUGCCGUGGAGCUGCCCCGGAUCCUGUGCCAGGAGGAGCAGGACACCUACCGCAAGAUCCACAGCCUGGCCCACCUGGACCCCGUUACAAAGAUCCACAACGGCUCAGUGUUCACCAAGAACCUGUGCAGCCAGAUGUCUGCGGUGAGCGGGCCGCUGCUGCAGUGGCUGGAGGACCGGCAGGAGCAGAACAAGCAGAGCAUCGUGGAGCUGCAGCGGGAGAAGGAGAGGCUGCUGCAGGAGCUGGCUGCUAUGUGAGCCCGGAGGAGGGAGCACCAGACCCCCUUUUUCAUCUUUCUAUGUUGGUGGACAGAAUUAAAGGACCCUCUGUGUCGAUUGUAAAACUCUUUUUACCUGAAACUCUCCAAAAUAUUCAGUAUCAGUAGGUGAUACGAUAUAUUAUUGUAUAUUAUAAAACCAUAUUCUUGAUUAAAUAUGUCCUUAUAGACAUGAUAGGCCUACUUUAGCUGGAUUUAAUAUAUUUGGACUAAGGUUUUGUACAGCUGUGCUGUGUGAAGACAAGGGAUUCACUUCUGGCUAUGAAUCUGCCAAUUAUUUUCUCAAUAAAGCAUUUGGUCUAUUAACUGCAUGGUUCCAGAUAAUGUAUCUGUUUAUUCAUGUAGUUAUAAUUACAGCGUUGUUCCCUCAAGUUUAACCAAAAACAGCCUGGUCAACUCUGUAGUUCCAUUACUCUUCUCUGAUCAAUACUUCCAGAUUUAGAUACUAACGUGUCAAAUCUUCAUUGUUUUUUUUUCUUAUUAUGAGACCAGGCCUUUUUUUGUGGUUUGAGAAUUGAGGUUCAUUUUGUCAAAUAGAAAAGCAAGAACAACUCUGACACUCCUGUAACUUAAGAAUCAGAAGUUACUAAUUCAGUAAAGGUUCAACUUUGCCAAAUUCUGAUAUCUGUAGUUUAACAAAUUCCCGUGAAGUUUAGGAUGCAUUCUGAAGUGUGUGUGGUGUUGAUUGAUCAGAGUGCACUCUGUCCCAUGGGGGCAUAUGUCAUGUCUCUGUUUUACCAGCAGGUGUCCCCCUUGGCUUAGAUCUCCACCUUUUAUUACAUGUUUUAUGUGCCAAUCUCUGUUGACACCUGUUUUGUUUCUCCUGAAAGUCUUUCAUUUUAAUAAUGAACUUUUGAGUCUCCGCUUUCUUCGUUUUCUUUCUAGUGAAAGAAAAAGCCUGAAGUUUUUUUACAGACAUUAAACUGUGACCUGAAACAC